AGAGAUCGUAAAAAUGAUCUACGUCUCAAAGACGUACGUUCAUAUUUCUAGAGAAAAUCCGUAAAGAGAUAUGAGAAUGUAACCAGGAAACAUUAAUGCAAGAUUAUGAUGUCACUUAUCUUGAUUCAUGAGAAUAAGAUGUCAGAAGAUUAAAGCGCAAUUUUGCAAGAAGAGAAAAUUCAAUUCAAAUUCAAACAUCAACGAAUGACUGAAGGAACCCGAGGAAGCCUGCGGAUGUUACAUCGCUGGGCCAUUGCUUGGCAACCGGAAAUACCAACAGAAGCAGUCACGCCACGCCAUACAGCUGCUUCGGCUGUACGGGGUGGCAGAUGUCUUUCUCAAAUGUCAGUGCUGAAUGUCAUCAAAGUUCGCGACUGGAGUGUUUCCCGCCUUCACGUGAAUCUUCAUGAUCGACGGCGCCGAUCGCGAAGACGCCCACGUCUUCCGGAAGACUGACAAUUCUCCUCCUUUAAGUCAUCUCCUAUGAGUCUAUCGUGAAAAGCUCCAAAAUGGCGUACAGGCAGCAACCGGUGCAGGACGAGCUGGAGACAAUGGCGGAGACCGAGCUCUCGAGGCUGAAGAGGCAGUAUAGAAUAAUGGAGAACGAUCGGGCGACCUGUGUGGAGGAUGCGAGGUUGCAGCUCCGCAAUCAGCAGAACAGGAUCGACCGUCUGGAGUACGAGAAGGCCGAGCUCGUGCUGGCGAUCAAGACCGCGAAAUCGAAGUCGUUCGCGCGCAAGGACACGGAAAUGGACGAGAAACUGAGGUGUCUCCUAGAGAAGCGCGCCAAGUAUAUCGACAUGAUAGAGAACGAGAAGCGGCAGAUAGCCGAACUCGACGAGCAGAUCGGCAAGCUUUCGAAGGAAGUCGGCAGCCUGAAAUCGAAAGUGCGCAGUGACACGCAGCUGCGGGAUCUGGCGGUGCGGCACAGUAAGAUGGUGUUCAUGCUGGAGAACCGGGUGGAGGUGGCCACGAAACGGUUCAACCUCGUGGUAGCGGAGAACGCGAAGCUGCGCGCCGAGAUCGAGACCCUGUUGAAGGAGCGGGCGCAGUUCACAAUCAUGUGGAACAAGCUGAUCGGCCAAUUGAACACGGGCAAGCAGAUCAUCAACGACCUGAUCGAGCAGGCGACGAUCACGUUCAAUCAGCGCGACGAGGAGCUCAAUAAGAUCCAGGCACUUCGUGAGAGGGGAAUACGAGACCUGAACAGCCACACGUCGGAGAUGUGCGAGCUGAAGAGGACCUUGGACAACGAGAUGAAGCUGCAGGAGUUCCUCGGCGUGAAGGGACAGUAUCGCGAGAUGGCCGAUCUGAACGCGAAGAAGGAAGCCGACCGACAGGCUAAGAGAGAGGAGAAGCAGAACAAAAUAGAGGCCUUUACGCAUAUCCUGCAGACGAUCAAGCAAUUCACCGGCGAGCAAGAAAUCGACAAGCUCACCGCGCACUUCGUCAAGCAAGAGGAGGAGAAUUUCGCGCUCUUCAGCUACGUGAACGAGCUGAACGACGAACUCGAGAGCCUUCAGUUAAGGAUGGAGCAGCUGACGGCAGCGAUCGACGAGGCGCGUGUCCAGAACGUGCAUCACGACCAGGAGCAGGCCGAAACCUUGGAGAAGAUCACCAAACAGUUGGAGGAACAGACCGCGUUGGCGGACACUGCCGAAGAGGAUCUCACGAAGUGCAACGACGUGAUGGAAAAGCUGCUGCAGGGGAUCGACGCCCUCUUCAAGUCGAUAGGAUGCGACAACUCGCCGAUUUUGGAGCUGCUGGGCGACAACACCCACGUAACCAUGAGCAACGUCAUGCUCUACUUGGGCAUUAUCGAGAAACAGAUCACCGAGAUGUUUCACAAGAUCUACUGGGUGGACAAGGCCACCAAGCCACCGCAAUUGCGGUUGGACGAGAGCAGGAAGCCCAGACUGAAAGUGCCGGCUCUUACUCGAAUCGUACCGACGCAACCCUGCGCCCUCUGCGUGGAAGAGGAGCAGAUGCAGUUCGUAUCGGAGGGCCUGGAGGCGCCGCUGACACGUGCCGAAGCCAUGCAGAAACUGCGACAAAGACUCGAGGACGAUUACGCGGAGCUGCUUCAUAACGUAUCCGGCUGUCACUUACCGGCGGCUAGGAAGAUUAUGCAAAGACGCUACCAAUAAAGAGAAUUAACUCAG